AUGGCUGUCGUUGCUGCUAAGAAGAAAUGCCGUCAGUGUUCUCAGAAAUAUUUGAAAUAUGGAUUCAUUACUUCAUUAACCAAUGACACCAUGCCAUUGUGUCACUUGUGUGAAAAGACUUUCAGUAAUGAUGCCAUGAAGCCUGCAAAGAUGAAGCACCACCUUGAAACGGUUCACUGUGAUAAGAAAAACAAAGACCUUGAAAGAAAACUGAAAGAAAGAACUGAAAGAAAACUCAAAAGACGAUCAAAUAUCAAGACUUUUUUCAAAGCACCCGUCAGUGGUGAUACUGAAGGAGGUUUAAGAGCUUCAUAUAACAUCUCCCUCAUGAAAGCAAAGAAAGGAAAGGCACACACUAUUGGUGAGGGUAUCAUAAUCCCAGCUAUUAAAGUUAUAGAAAGUGUUAUGAAGAAAAAUUCUCACUCUGUUCUUAAAGAUUUGCCAUUAAGUAACAGUACAGUGCAAAGAAGAAUUGAUGAAGUGAGUGACUGUGAAUGGCUGGGAAUGGAUGGGAGAGGAGUGGCUGUGAAUAGCUGGAAAAGGAGUGGCUGUGAAUGGCUGGGAAAGGAGUAG